AUGGCACCUAUUGGUUUGAUUAUGUUUAGUAGAGGAAAAGAUCAUAUCAAUAUAUUUGAGGUUCAUAUGAAGAGAAGAUUUAUAGUUUUCAUAGAGUAUGGAAUUGAUCGUGAAGGAUUGCAGUUAGAAGUUGAAGGAGCUCAAGUUCUAUCGUUUAGUCUUAGUUUCUUGGCAUGGGUGAGGCACCGAUCUACAGACUCAGAUUUUGAUGUAGACACUAGAAACGGCAAAAAGGGUGUGUGGAUAAAACUUCCCAUUGAACUUGCAAACCUUGUUGAAACUGUGGUCAAGGAAGGCUUUUGGUAUCAUCAUGCAGAGCCAAAUUAUCUAAUGCUGGUUUACUGGAUUCCUGAAACUAUUAAUACACUCCUUGCAAAUGCUACACAUCGUGUUGGAGUUGGUGCUAUUGUCUUAACAGAGAAAAGAGAGAUGCUUGUAGUACAGGAAAAGAGUGGCAGACUUCGAGGAACAGGUGUCUCGAAUAUCCCUAUUGGAAUCGUGGAUGAGGGAGAGGAUAUAUGUGCAGCAGCCAUCGGAGAAGUUAAGGAAGAGACAGGAGUUGACGCAGAAUUUGUCGAGGUAGUAGCUUUCAGGUAUGCCCAAUAUAUUAUGCUUAAUUGGAUAGGAGCUCCAUUGAUAUUUGGCUGCUUUUGA